AUGGGAUUUGAAGAGGCGACGGAAGAGCGCCCGCCCACGGUGGUAGCGGUGGAUACCGCUGACUAUUUGGAGGUCGAUGGCCAGGAGCCGCUGGGCUGCGUUGCAGCAGACUGGUCGGAGAGGCUUCUGAGGAUGCGGUACAAGUCGGAAGUUGGCGUGCUUUGCGAGGCUCCCGCUCACUACAGCCAGAAGAACGAGUUCGGCCUGAAUGCCUGGGGACCUGACGCGAGAGGCAAAGUCGUGGUCGCCGUGCGAGGAGAGGUAGAAUUCGAGACCAUGGCACGUCGGGCAGAAGAUGCCGGAGCUGUCGGUUUGGUCAUCGUCGACAAUGAGGAUGAAUGGGAGGAUGAUUUCGAGAUGACCCUCGAGGAGCGGCACCGGCCACCCCCAGCGGUGCCCGCGGUGCUGGUGCCGAAGACGGCCCGCAGCCGCCUGAGGGAGGGCAUCAAGGUUCGCGUGGUCCGAAGAAUCGAGAGAAACCUGGCCAGCAACGAGGAGAAGUUGCUGCAGUUCUUGCGCCUUCGUGGCGUGGAGGUGGGACUGCAACUCCAGUGA